AUGGCUUCUGGCAAUGGCCAGGGCGCGGAUACCUUCAUAUGCCGCAUGGACCAGCUAUCGCAGAAGCUGAACAAAUGGAAAACAAAGACAAUGCAAUCAGCAGCGCCACAGAGGACUGACAGCCAAGCCAGACCAUUGGCUGGCUGGGAGCAGGAGCAGUCUGGAAGUUCCGGAGACAUUCGCUCUAAGCCAUCGCUGAUCCCUGCAGUGCUCGAGCCGAGCUCGCCGGCAGGCAGAUCCCAUGCUUCACGCUCCCCCAGCAGCCCCAGCAGGCGAGGCUCCAUCAGCAUUUUGUCCACUUAUGACAGAGCCAAGGUUGCAAACCCCCCGGAGCGGCUGUCAUCUUUGGGCACUGGGAAUGAAGGUGAACUCUCCAAAAAGGCAGUGCCCGAGUUUGAGCGGUUGCCGUCUUCCUUCAUCCCUUCCCGAUCGAUCCACGGCAUCGCUGAAGGUCAAAGUAGUCAGAGCAAGCUGGUUGAAAGUCCCUCUCGCCAAGCAUCAAGGAGCCUCAAGCGCUUCGACCCAUCUCCUGCACCGUCCUUGAGUCCCACAUCAAGGCUCUCGCGUCGGUCGACUGGGAACAAGCCUCCGGAGAGCAAUCCUUUCCAGAUGCCUGCGGGUGGGCAUGAGGAGGAACGACGGACACAGAAAGAGGCAUGCCUGACACGAUCGGUACUUCCUGUGCAGCCUGCGCCUCUCAUGAAUGAGGCGGAGAAGACUACAGAUAGUCCUCAGCCAACGGCCGCAUUCAACGCCCGCGUGGAAGCAUUGCAGAAGAGGGUUUGGAAAGCAACCGCGCCGGUGCCAUCUGAGGCGGUUGCUCAGCAGCCGCUGGCGGGCAUCCAAGAUGCCAAGCAAGGCCAGCACGAGGUCUCAUCAGUUCACUCCCUUGGUUGCUUUGGCAGAAUCCUUUCACGGGAGCCGCUUGGACACCAGCAUCCCACAACUGCCUCUGAAAUCUGA